AUGGCUAGUAUUUCUAAGAAUCUUUCCAGGCCAGAAACGCGGACCGGAAGUGUAUCGAUCACGAUUUACUUUGGCGAAAACACUUUCCCCAAAACACACAUAACAAACCGUCUGGAACCUAUGUUGUUUCCUUUCGAUCCGUACACAGAAGUCGUUCAUUUGAAUUACACAGAUUAUUCAGUAGGUAAUCGUGUUGAUUCUUUAGAGGUAGCAGACGACGAGCUCUUGACAACUCCGUCAAUUGCCAUCAUGUUGUUUGCACCCGAACGAGGGCCUGUAAAUGCCGAAAAACUGAAAAGAGAGUUACUGAAACCACCGUGGCAGCUACAUCAUACCGUAAUCCUUCAGAAGAAAAGUGUAGCAUUAAGAACUGUAGCUCAACAGGAUUUCUAUGAACUGUCAAAUGAGCUGCCACUUUGGAGUGUGUGUCCGACCUUAAUGGAUCAAGAGUACAUACGCAUCCAAUUAUUUGUGAAAAACUACCAGAAAAUGGUAGAGUUUUACAGACUCCUCACUAAUGGAGAAGGAACGAGCAGAAAGCCUGGGUUCUGUUUCUUUCAAUUAAAUACGCCAACUGGUCAAAAGAUUCAACUGUCUCUGCAAUACUGUUCGUCUAUAACUCCAUUACAAGUGCGGAAUGCAAUUCUGUCGUUUCGGACUAGAGAAAUAGCUGCCAUGCAAUCAAAAUGUCGUCUCAUUAAACUUUCUGGCAAUGUGUACACUACUCGUGAUCCGGAUGGAAACACGAUACGUCUUGUGGACGAAAGACCCAAUCCUGAAGACAUAAUGAUCACAAAGCCACAUUUGACAUUAUUCAGUGAAAGAAACCAUUCAGAUAGUCAAGAUUCUGGAUUAUUUUCUGAUUGUGAGAAAUCACCAAAAUAUCCAGACUAUCCUUGUGCUAAAAGUUACGUUACGCGAAGAGGUCUUAAAUCCGACAUGAGGAAAUCGACUUCUCUUAAAUCCAUCGUGAAAUAUACAGAUGAGUCAGAUUUUGAAGAUCCUUGGGGUGGAAGUCAGUAUAAUGUUUCAGUUAACCCAGAACAAAAGUACAAAUUACUUCCAAUUAAGACAUCCAUACCGAAAACACAACCGAAUCAAGGAUACAGUGAUGUUAUACAUAUAAAUCCAAAUAAGGCAGCACACGUUCAGAAAUGCCGCCAGUGUGGUUAUAGAGAAGAUAAACUUCCGGUUGCUUUUGGUAAAACCGGAAGUGUACCACAAACGUGCCAUAAUGUAGAUUACCAAAAGACAUGUGCUAGAACGGCUGAUGACAUGCGUGAUUCUGACAAGCGAUCUUCAUCAGGACGAUACCACAUCUUACCAGAAGAAACAUACAAUGAUACGUUUACACGUAAUGCUUUGCGAAGUAAAUCUUUUGAUUCUGCCUCUAUUAGAUCAUUCCAUAAACCUAAAAAUAGAUCAGUUAUACAAAUACUGUCUGAUAAAAUAUUAUCAAAAGAGAAAAAGUUUCAAUGGACGAGUUUGAACUCCGUUGUAUUUGAUAGGUCGAGCAUUACAAAUAGAAUUUCAGAAGAUAUUUGGUAUCAGAACCCAAAACUAUUCCGAAUUCUUGGUCCACCGGAAGUUACACAUCGGCCAGUUGCCGGUGUGGUAAGGAAGAAAAAAGGAAGUGAUCACAACUAUUAUUCUGACGGAGAAAUGAUAUCUAAAGACUCCAAAGUACGCAAACGGAAACAAUUUUUGCGUCAAGCAAAAUUGAAACCGGGCGAUAGAGAUUUUCAAACUGAGAACCAAAUCGGUUCCCUGGUUUGUAUAUCAGCUUAG